ACACGAUGAGAGCCUUCACGGCAGCCCUGCUCCUCAUCCCUUUCCUCACGCUGCCGGAUUCCUGCGCUCUGAGUCCCGCAGACUGCGACGCCACUGAGCCCCUGGCCGGGAAAGUGCUAGACCUGAUCAAUAAAGGACGAUGGAAUGGCUACCUUUUCCAGUUGUUGCGGGUCGCUGAUGCCCACCUGGACAGAGUGGAAUCUGCAACUGUCUAUUAUUUAGUCUUGGAUGUGAAAGAAUCUGACUGCCCAGUCCUAUCCAGGAAACACUGGGAUGACUGUGAUACAGCUCUUUCUAGGCGUUUAUCUGAGAUUGUGAUCGGACAGUGUAAGGUAAUAGCUACAUAUUUGAAUGCAUCUCAGGAUCUUCGAGUGAAUGGCUUUAACUGCACCACAAGUUCUGUCUCUUCGGCACUGGCUAAUAACAAAGACAGCCCUGUACUCUUUGACUUCUUUGAGGACAUUCAGCAUUAUAGAACCCAAGCCAACAAAGCCCUGGAGAAGUACAAAAAGGAGAAUGGAGAUUUUGCCUUUUUCAGAGUGGACCGAAUGGAGAGAGUUACCAGAGCGAGAGGAGGGGAAAGAACCAAGUACUACCUGGACUUCUCUGUGAGGAACUGCUCCAGGAGCCACCAUUUUCCCAGGCACUAUAAUGCCUUUGGAUUCUGCAGAGCAGACUUGUCCUAUGAUGUAGGAGUCUCUGACUUGGAAACCCCAAAUUACAUUACCAUAAACUGUGAAGUCUUCAACUUGGAGGAUCAUAGAAACAUCAGUGGCAUACGACAGCAUUUUGGCCAUCCCCUUCACCCUGGUGGGCAUGAGCAUUCUCUUGCUGGCAAGCCUCCAUUUAAGCCCGAUGAAUUUAGAGAUCACCACCAUCCUCACAAACCACAUAAACAUGGAUGUCCACCUCCUCUAGAAGACAAAAAUCAAUCAGACAGACCAUCAUUUCAGGAAGGAGCCCCUCCAGAAGGAGCCCCUCCAGUCUUGCCCACUCCAGAGUUAAAAUGUCAUCACCCCCAUUUUGGCACCAAUAGGACCCAUGGAUACCCUCAUAAUCAUAGUUCUAGUAAGGAUGAUCCCCAUGGACACCCUUCUCAUAGGCAUGACCCCCAUGGGCACCACCCCCAUGGGCACCACCCCCAUGGGCACCACCCCCAUAGGCACCACCCCCAUGGACACCAUCCCCAUGGGCACCACCCCCAUAGGCACCACCCCCAUGGACACCAUCCCCAUGGGCACCACCCCCAUGACCAUGAUUUCCUUGACCAUGGACCUUGUGACCCACUACCACAGAGCAAGGAUCCCCGGGAUCACCGUCACCAGCGUCAUGGUCCACCAUCUAGGCAUCCAGAAGAAAGAGGUCCAGGUAAGGGACACUUUCCCUUCCACUGGAGACAAAUUGGAUAUAUUUACCAACUCUCUCCACUAAAGAAAGAUGAAGUUCUUCCUCUGCCUGAAGCCAAUUUUCCUAGCUUCUCAUUGCCAGGCCACAGUGACUCUCUAAAGCCAGAGAUUCAGCCCUUCCCUCAGUCACCCUCUGAAUCAUGCCCAGGGACAUUCAACAGUGAGUUUUCACACAUCUCCAAGUUUUUUGCAUAUACACUUCCAAAAUAAAAUCGGAUUUCCUCGAUGGGGAAAAAUGAAUGUUCUGAAUUAGAACCAUAAAUAAAAAAUGUGACCAACAACAAA